AAAAAAAAAAAAAAAAAAAAAAAAAAAAAAAAAUAAAAAAAAUAAAAAACCCUCGCAACAUCACACACACCGUUGUGGGAACUCCAUCUAAGGUAGUGCCAGACCCCCGCGAGACUUGGCCGAUCCCGGUGCAGCUCAGCUUUUGCAACAACCUUACGAAGUAGAGUGACUCGGUCGCCGUCUUGUAACGAUGAUUGGGACGCCCAAAUCCAAACUCGUCAAAUUAAAGCAAGAGACACGAAUCAUUCCGACAGCAAAAUGGAGUGUAGACCAUGAGUCGAGUUCACUAGACGUUGAUGAUGCCCCUGGCUACCAGGACCGAGAGAUCCGUCUGGGCACUGUGAAUCUGCCCGGUUUCCAAGACUCCCGUGUCAGAACUGGAGGCCGUGAUAUCGAAUUUUUCCUGUUCCAUGGCAAAUCAUCCCCACUGACUCCAUGGUGGUGCAGGGAGACGACAUCUCACGCUGUCGAUCACUUACCUCACUACUCCGUACAUCGUCCGACCGCACAUCCCGCCCAUGACCCGCUUGUCAGAACGGCCGAAAUAAGAGACUACCAAGUAGCUCCGACUGCGUGCUUCGGUCCCGACCAACGGCAUAUGUCUCAUACUAGAACUUGCAGGAGAUGCUGUCGAGAAUAUUCCGCCUUUUAUCAACCUGUCAAAAACCAAGACAAUGUUCGUGGAUACGGGAAAUCGUCUCACCUGCAUUGCGCACCGUCUUGCACCUUGAGACUCUGGGUGUAAUCAAUUUUGAAAGCAGCCUCGCAACCAAUUUGACCCUGCAAGCAACGCCUAGUGUCUGCCGCCGGGGCCCAAUGUUCUCGCCGAAACCAGCUCAACAAUCAUCGCAAAGUGGUGAUGGGAAGUACUUUGUUGCGCAAAUUUGAGCUUCGGAC